AUGCCCCAGCGGGCAGCCGUGCCCUGGCAGUCCGACAUGCCGGUGGCCGGGAAGCUGCUCCUGUCCGCUGCCGCGCUGCUCCUCCUCACCCUGGCCUUCAGGUUCUACAGGAGCCGCUCGCUCGCCGGGGGCAAAACCCCGCUGGCUGAUGAGGGACAACCCGGGGAAAACCUUCCCCGGGCCAGGGAUGGGGAUGGGGAUAAGGAUGGGGAUAAGAAUGGGGAUGGGGAUAAAGAUGGGGAUGGGGCAGUGGGUCCGCGGCGGAGGAGGGUGUGGGCCCGGCUCGGUCCYGCCGGGAGGGAAAGGGAGCUGGGGAGGGAGCUGGGAAGCAGGCUGGGAUGUGAGCUGGGAAGUAAGUCAGAAGGCAAGCCAGGAACUGAGCAGGGAAGUGAUCCAGGUAUUGAGCCGGGAAGCAAGUUGGGAAAUGAGCUGCAAAAUGAGUUGGGAAGUGAGUUGGGAAGUGAGCCAGGAAGCAAGCUGGGAAGUAAGCCGGGAAAUAAUCCAGGAAGCAUGUUGGUAUACAAGCUAGGAAAUGAGUCAGGAAGUGAGCUGGGAAGUAAGUCAGGAACUAAGUCAGGAAACAAACUAGGAAAUGAGGCAGGAAAUAAGCUGGCAAGCAAGCCAGGAAGCAAGCUGGGAAGUAAGUCAGGAACUAAGCCAGGAAUUGAGCAGAGAAGUGAUCUGGAAAGCAAGUUGGGAAGCAAGCUAAGAAAUGAGGCAGGAAGUGAGUGGGCAAGUGAGCCGGGAAGCAAGCUGGGAAAUGAUCUGGGAAUGGAGCUGGGAACUGAGCCGAGCUCUCAUGACCCUGGGAAUGUGGCUGAAACACUGAGCAGCCAUUCCGAGAAGGAAACACUUGCCCCAAGCACCGGGGUCUCCCCAGGGAUUUCCAAGGCCCAGAUGGCAGAUGAUGGAUGUUCCCAGAGCACGGAGAAGGAUUUGGCUGGUGGAAGCAUGAGCAGGGAGAACAAGGAGAACAGGGAAUCCAUCCGGACCCUCAGUGUCACCUCGAACCUGGGGCUGCUGAUGACAGUGAGUGAUGCAGAGUCCGACACCUCCUACUCCUUCUCCUCGGUCGCAAAGAUCCAGGUGGAGGAGAACUACAUCCCCGAAAGGCAGGGGAAGGACAGGGACAACUGGACGGUCCCCGGGCUCAGAGGCAAAGUCUACAACUACUACGUGCAGUCCAUCUCCGAGUCGGUGCUGAAGAAGAAGUGUCUCCCCUACAUCCCUCCGGGAAUGUCCCGGUCUUUGGCAGCACGUGAUCCCACCACCUCCUCCACAGUCCCACCACCCACGAGGAGCUCAGAGGCCUCUCCUGAGCCACCGUCUCCCGGCCGCAGGAAGAGCAUCCUCCAGAUUGCCGACAGCCCCCACCUCCAGCUGCCCAUGGAGGGGUUUGGGGUCACAGCUCCAGCUGGAACACCACCACCUGGAAGCCCCCAGCCAGGACUGGUGGCGAGUCCUGACCCCACCCAGCUGCCACCAGACACCCCCCUGGACCUGGGGAACUGCUACGAGGUGCUCAGCACAGCCAAGGCGCAGGGGCUCAGAGCCCUCCAGGAGGCUGCCUACAGGGUGAUGAGUGACAACUACCUGCAGGUGCUGAGGACACCCUCCAUCUACGGCCGCCUCAACGCCGGCGAGCGGGAGCUGAUCCUGCGGCGGAGGAUGGAGGGGAAGAUGUUCGUGGUGGUGGCAGAUGUCAGCGGGCAGGAGCCCGACCUCCGCCCCGGCCGCCUCUGCUACUACGACGAGGGAGGGGACUGCUGGCACCACCUCUGCCACGUGCCACCCGAGGUGCUGUCCCGGGGCUGCGCCAUGUGCAGCAUGUUCAACUACCUCUUCGUGGUGUCCGGCUGCGAGGGCACGGGCCGGGCACGGAGACCCUCCAACCGCGUCUUCUGCUAUGACCCUCUGACCGACGUCUGGAGGGAGAUCUGCCCCCUGAACCAGGCGCGGCCCCGCUGCAAACUCGUUGCCCUGGACGGGCACCUGUACGCCAUCGGCGGCGAGUGCCUGUGCACGGUGGAGUGCUACGACCCCCGGUGCGACCGCUGGGCCUUUGCGGCACCGCUGCCCCACGACACGUUCGCGGCUCCCAGCUGCUCACUGCCCCCGGAGUGGCUGCUCAGGCACCAGGUGUUCAAUAUUGACAUGGACACGCAGCACAUGGUGGAUUUUAGGGUGGAGGAACAUGGCAGGGAGGUUGGAUCUCAAGGGAGUUUUCCAGACUUUAGGGAUCACCUGGAGCAAAAAGAACAAGAGUAA